GAUUGGACAACUGUAUUUCAUAUAGCAGCGAGGGAGGAUCGCGUUGGAAUUAUGAAAUGCAUAUCAGAUCGCUGCCCAGAUUGUUGGGAAAGGGUGAAUAGUAAAGGGCAAAACGUCCUUCAUGAGGCAAUCCAGAGUGGUGAAAUGAAAGUGUUUAAAUACAUAAAAAAGUGUAACCAACUUGACAACCUUGCUUCUGAGGUAGACGAGGAUGGCAACACACCAAUACACCUGCUUCCCAUUUAUGAAGACUACUGGCCGGAAGAAUUUGUGCAUAAUCUGCUCGUAAGGAUAAUAAGAAGCAAUUGGUCUUUAAUAAGCGACACCAAAAUCCAUCAGACAUAUACAUGGAACAUCAUGGAAAUCCCUUCAAUUGUCGCAAUGAUCCCAAUGAUGAACACUACUACCGAGUUUAUGGACGUUAUGGUCAACGUAUUGAUCUCACCAAAACUUGGAGAAAGAAAAUCAGUACUACUAAGAAAGACGUUGAUAUUAAUGAUAUGGUCGAUAAUCUGGUACGAAGCAGUGAGACAAACAUCAUUGUAGCUACGUUGAUAGCAACCAUAACCUUUGCAGCGGGGUUUACUGUCCCAGGAGGAUACAACAGCAACGUCGAUUCUGAAGAAGCAGGGAAGGCAAUAUUAAUAAGGAAUGCAGCGUUUAAGGCUUUUGUUGUUUCCGAUGUUGUUGCUUUCAUAUGCUCUAUGUUGGCUGUAUUCAAUAACGGUUCCUUGGUGGACGCUGUUGCAACCCCAUAUCGCGACAUGUACAGAAUUUUAAAGCUAUCCUUUUUGGCUAACGAAGUUAUGGUCUGGGCAUCCCUAGGAGUGGGAAUCGCAUUCCUGUGUGGGAUGUAUGCCACUUUAGAGCCUUCACUUCCUCUCGCUAUCUCCGUUUUGGCCUUGGGCGCCGCCAUUCCCCUCCUCGCUUACUGUCGCUACAAAAUGUCCUCUCUUCCCCGGUCGACUCUUAUGAAGACGUUUAAUAUUUAAAUUUUCUUA